ACGCCGAGAUGCCUCAGAGAGUCACACACCAAACAGGAGCCCAGGAGAGACUUUCGCUGUGGACUAACUUGGCCUGAGUUUACCCCAGGGAAUCUUCAUGAAGAUGGACUCUGAAGGUUGUUCCUUAACGGAGAACAGCUCUUUGCAUCUGGAGAGAGGCCAACAAAAUGAUGCCACACACUCCCAUUUUACAACACAUCAUGAAGGAUCUCUUCAAGUGCCCAUCCCAUGUGCUGUGAUGGGUGUGGUCUUCACCACCAUUUUAAUUAUAGUUCUCAUCGCCUUAUCAGUGGGCAAAUACAAUUGUCCUGGCCAGUUCUCAGUGCCUGCACCAGAGGGCGCCGCUUCUUCAUGCUCAGAUGACUGGGUUGGUUACCAGAGGAAAUGUUACUACUUCUCUGCUGAAACACACAGCUGGCCCCUGGCCCUCAAAUCCUGUUCCAGACUUGGUGCUACUCUUGCAGUCAUUGAUUCUGAAAAGCACAUGAUCUUUCUAAAGCGAUAUGCGGGGAGAACAGACCAUUGGAUUGGGCUGAAAAAGGAGGCUGAUCAGUCAUGGAAAUGGUCAAAUGGCAAAGAAUUUAACAACUGGUUCAACUUUACAGGAUCCGAGAACUGUGCAUUUCUGAAUAGUGCCAGCAUUGGCAGUACAGAAUGUGAAAGGAAUUUACACUGGAUCUGUAGCAAACCCUCCAAAGAAUGAAGAAAUCUUUUUUUUAACUAUAAACUGUUGUAUGUGAAGGAAUGCUGCUCUACUGCUAGAACUUUCCGAGAAAGACUUUGUGAGAAAGCUUUGUAGCAUCCCGGAAAUCUUUAAAACAGGACGGUGGAAAAAGGGACAGACAUUUCAGGAAGGUCUGCAUUGAACACUCUUUAGUUUUGUUUUUGCCGUGAGAUGCAAAUGUCACGGGUUGGCUGAUCAUCAUGCGGAAGAAUGAGAAUGAGGAUUUUUUCAGAUGCACUUUAUGUCUAUUUUAAACCCAGGAGUGAUAGGCUACCUGGGUUUGGAGUCAUUAUUUAUUGUUGAACCACCACCAGUGAAGGGCCCUUCACAUACUUGCACUAUUUGGAAGAGAUGGAGGGUUGCUUUGCAAACUGAAUGUAAACCAAAGGGGUUUU